UCUGGGGAGAAAGUCUUGAAAAAAAAUUAAAAGCUCACCAAAAAAACGAACAAAUCAAAUCUCGGCGAUCCCCACCACCUCCGCCGCCGCCGCCUCUUCGGCCUCUUCUCUCCCCGAUGGAGAGGGACGCGCCUCCCCUGAGCUCGACGCUGUUCAUGGAUGGCGUCGGCGAGGUCGUCCUCACCCUUCGCCCCGACGGGAUUUCGUGGAAGCCCCUCGACGCGGGCGUGGUUGCGUCUUCUUGCUUGGGUAUGGACUUCCGUUCCAAGAUACAAACUGAGAUCAAAUUCUCAGAUGUUUAUGGUGUGGAGCUUAUUGAUUCUGGCUUGGUUCACAAUGGCAGUUGGAACAUUGGCACUUUUCGUUGGGGCGGUGAUUCUGAGGCACAUCGUUUUGUGGUGCAUGGAUUCCUCGGAGAAAGAGGAAGCGCUUCUCCUUGGGUUCUUGUGGCAUAUACCUUUGGGCACAAGUACUUGAAGAUUUGCCAAAAAUGGGUUGAACAUAUAGAGGCUUGUAUAAAAAAUGAACCAGCCAGGCCGCGGAGUCUUUUGGUACUUGUUCAUCCAUUAUGUGGAAAAGGAAAAGGCCGCAAAAGUUGGGAUACAGUUGCUCCUAUAUUUUGCCGUGCUAAAGUUCAAACAAAGGUGACUGUAACUCAGAGGGCGGGGCAUGCAUAUAAUGUAGUAUCAUCAUUGUCAGACAGAGAACUCAGAUCUUUUGAUGGCAUUGUUGCUGUGGGUGGUGAUGGCCUCUUCAAUGAAGUUCUUAACGGGCUUCUGGCUUCAAGGCAUGAAGCUUCUUAUCCGCCUUCUCCAACUGAACUCAGCUUUGCUGGUUGUGGUGAACAAAGUCAGCAGUGUAGAGAUAAUACAAAUGGUAGGUGCUCUUCUAAUGAUGUAAAUGACAUGGCUUCUGAGACUUCAUUAACAAGUGAUGACCAUGAACCUCUUCUCACUUCUUCAAUGCCUAAUGGAACAGACAUCCCAAAAUCCACAACUAAAAAUGAAGAGUGCAAUGCAGCAAAUCAAGCUCCUUCGACUCCCUUCCCAAAUGAUUGGUUUAGACUCGGGAUAAUUCCUGCUGGCUCAACUGAUGCCAUUGUGCUCAGCACAACUGGGAUUAGGGAUCCUGUAACAUCGGCUUUGAACAUUGUCCUUGGAAGAAAGAUGUUACUUGAUAUAGCUCAGGUGGUCAGAUGGAAAGCUAGCCCUUCACCUCGGGAUUUACCUUCCGUGCACUAUGCUGCUUCAUUUGCAGGGUUUGUUAUUUUUUGAAU